AUGACUGCACUUUCAAAACGAGGGGCCCAGAACGUGGGAACCUAUGUCGGUCACCUUCCUGUAUCGCUCACCGAGGUAGCAGAUGACAGCAACUGGAUCGACCUCUCCUUUGCCGAGAACUACACGAUCCGGAAAGAAGCACUUAUACCGUGA